AUGGACAAUAGAGUGACAAUAUACAAUCCAGAUGAUGAUGAAGAAGAUAUUAAUAAUGAAAUAUUUGCUGAUAUUCAACCAGUAACUUGGAUGAAUGAUUAUGAGGAUGAUGAUAAUUUAAACUAUGAUCUCGAUGAGAUUAAUAAUUUUUUUCAUAGAGUUGACUCUGAUCAAAUAAUUUAUGCUGAAAAAAAGAAACGGUGUAAAUUAAUUGGUAAAUAUGUUAUGGGCGAUUUACUUGGUGAAGGUAGUUAUGGCAAAGUUAAGGAGGUACUCGAUUCAGAAACAUUAUUUAGACGAGCUGUCAAAAUAUUAAAAAAACGUAAAUUACGAAGGAUACCUAAUGGUGAACAAAAUGUACAAAGUCUUGCAAUAAGAAAUACAAUUAUUGAAGAGACUAAAACAUAAGAAUGUUAUUGAAUUAAUUGAUGUAUUAUACAAUGAAGAAAAAGAAAAAAUGUAUCUAGUUAUGGAAUUUUGCGUUUGUGGACUUCAAGAUAUGUUAGAAAGUACGGCCAAUAAGAGGUUUCCGAUAUGGCAAGCACAUGGAUACUUUACACAACUCGUAGAUGGUCUAGAAUAUCUCCAUAGCAAACGAAUUAUUCACAAAGAUAUUAAACCGGGAAAUUUAUUACUUAGCCUUGAUGGUACUUUAAAAAUAAGUGAUUUUGGUGUUGCAGAGGCUUUUGAUAUUUUCGCUGAAGACGACACUUGUACGAUGGGACAAGGUACUCCAGCAUUUCAACCUCCAGAAAUUGCUAAUGGAUGCGAGUCAUUUGCUGGUUUCAAAGUUGACAUUUGGAGUUGUGGAGUUACUUUGUAUAAUAUAACAACGGGUAUUUAUCCGUUUGAAGGUGAUAAUAUUUAUAAAUUGUAUGAAAAUAUCGGUAAGGGUGAUUAUACAAUCCCAGAAGAAGUAGAAAAUAGUCUGACAACACUGUUAGAAGGUAUGCUACAAAAAGAACCAGAGAAAAGAUUUACACUGCAAGAAAUUCGACGUCAUCCAUGGACUAUUUGUCGACCGGAGCGAACAACUGAUCAAGUACAAAUACCACCAAUUAAAGGCAAUACAGGACAUAAAAUGACCGUACUACCAUAUUUAAUGGAUUAUUAUUAUGGGAGUGAUGAAGAACCUAUGUAUUAUACAGCUAGACAGCUAAGUGAGGAAAGAAGACUUGAAGAAUUGGAUGGCAUUAGUAGUGACCAAAAGAGUGUAUCCAGCAGUGGUAAUACUAAUAAAUUAACACCUAGUAACAGUAAACGACGUUGGCGUAGACCGAUCUCGAGUAUUAGUGUUAAAAAAUUAACUUCUUGCAAACCAUCGUGA